UUAAUAACAUGCUUCAAUUACUUGAACCAAUUUUUAUAGCAACUGAAAUCUUAUCAACUCAACAUCCACAAUCCAAAACUAAAACUUUUAUAGAUAUAAAACAGCGUGAAAAUGCUGUAACACUUUUGUGUAACCAAAUAGAAUUAUAUAAGACUAAUACGCAAUCUAUUCAUAAUUUACAGACAAGAAAAAAUAAACGAUCAUUUUUCGAAUCUUUAAUUUCAGAACAAGAUUCUGAACAAGUACCUGUUGAGGAUAAAAUUGUUCGAUAUCUUUCUUUACCAGUUGAUUCUAAUACAAAUCCAUUAGAUUGGUGGCAUCAUUUUAGUGAAGAUUUUCCCACUCUAGCAAAAAUGGCAUCAUGUUAUUUAAGUAUACAGGGUUCAAGUGUACCUUCAGAACAGGCAUUCUCUGUAGCCACAAAUACAAUAACCAAAAUUCAAUGUAAUUUAAAACCAGAUACUGCACAUGCAGCUAUGUGUCUUAAAAGCUGGAUUCAGCAAAUGCGUGAUAAAAAAGAAAAAGAAAUUGAUAUAGAAAAUUUUUUUCUUUUAGAAUUGUAA